AUGGUCAAUGGCGCCCGCCCUUCAAAAGUAAAGCGACCUAAUCCAUCGAAAAAGCCGACAUUCACUGUCGAAGUUUAUCCUGCUGAACGCAGCUCUCCGUCUCCACCAUCAGGGCAGUCCACUGGUCUUCUACAGACGCCUACGUUCGCACAACACAUUCGUUCACGGUACAUGGCCAUGAUAUCACCAAGAAGCAGUAAUUACGAGCGGCUGGAAGGUGGGCACGGUCCGUCCAGGACGGGCACACCGAAGCGUUUUGGAUGGAAGAAGUUUGCUCUGGUAGCAGCAGCACUGAUCACUCUGGUGUACUUUUUCGGUCCUCGAGCGUCCAAGUCUUUGCCGUGGAAGUCCAAGACGCUGCCAGAAUCACCAGGUUCUGGUUAUCCAUAUAGUGACGACAUCGAGCAAGACCCAGCUCCUGUCGGCGGGCAUACAAAGACCAAAGUCGGGGAACACAAAGGCGUUGACAAACCCAAAGUCACCAAGCCAGAGACCCACCCCGCCGUCAUUCACCCCGAAUCCUACGAAACUGACCCCGACCCGUCGAAGACCACCCAUUGUACCACACCCCACGAUCCCCACGACCCCCUUGUGCAAUAUGCUCUCAUGAUCGACGCAGGCUCGACGGGCUCGCGUAUCCACAUCUACAAGUUCAACAAUUGCGGAUCCUCUGCUGAAUACGAGUACGAGGUAUUCAAGAUGACGAACCCUGGCCUGUCCUCCUUUGCGGGUAGGCCAGAGGAGGCCGCAGAGAGCCUGGACGUACUUCUCGAUGAGGCUAUUCGUGUUGUGCCGAGGUCGUUGCGUAAAUGUACGCCUGUGGCCGUCAAGGCUACUGCUGGUCUUCGGCUCCUUCCAGGCUCGCAAAGCGCAGACAUCCUGCACGCGGUGGAAGAUAGAAUACACGAAAAAUAUCCUUUCAAGCUGCAAGAGAAGGAUGGUGUGGUCAUUAUGGACGGCAAGGAUGAAGGAGUAUAUGCUUGGAUCACGGCAAACUACCUCCUCGGAACAAUCAAGGGCGACACUCCCAAAGAUACCCCGACCUAUGCUGUCCUUGAUUUGGGUGGCGCCUCGACCCAGAUCGUUUUCAAGCCCGCCUUUUCCACGAAGCACAAGGGUCUUGAAGACGGAGAGCACAAGUACGACCUUAAGUUCGGAGGCAACACGCACACGUUGUACCAACAUUCCUACCUUGGCUACGGCCUCAUGCGUGCCCGCGCCCAUGUUCACACUCUCGUCGACUUUAUGGCGUCCAUUCGACCACCUUCGUCGAAGGAGAAGGCGCAGAACAUGGUCGGCAACCCUUGUUUGGCCCGUGGUACGAGGAGGGUGAUCGAGGUCACCGACGAGCCAACCGGAAAGAAGAGGAAGGUUACGAUGGACGGCGACGAUAUUGGCUCUUUCGAGGCCUGUGAUAGGAUCGUGCAGCUGGUGCUGGCGAAGGAUUCGAUCUGCGAGCUGAAACCCUGCUCGUUCAACGGUGUCUACCAGCCUUCGCUCCUCGACUCUUUCCCUCAUGGCAAAGUCCUCCUCCUCUCCUAUUUUUACGACCGACUCCACCCUCUCCUCCCUCCAAAGACACCCAUAACCGUGUCGACCAUCGCUGAGACCGCGAAGGAAAUCUGUCAAGGUCGCGAGACAUGGGCUAAGAAGCACUGGGGCAAAGACAAGGAGCUCAUGGCGGAGCUCGAGGAUCGCCCAGAGUGGUGCCUCGAUCUUACGUUUAUGCAUGCGCUGCUGCGUCUCGGAUACGAGUUCCAGGAUGACAGGGAAGUGCGCAUCGAGAAGAAGGUGAGGGAGACGGAGUUGGGAUGGUGCCUUGGAGCGACAAUUGCGAUGGUCGGUGGAGAGUUGACAUGUCGAGACUCAACAGAGGAUUAG